AUGUCCCACCCGAAAUUGGAGGAGGGCGACGAGGAGCUGCGGAAAAAGCACCGAGGAUUUGCUUUUGUUGAAUUUGAGUUGGCAGAGGAUGCCGCAGCAGCUAUUGACAACAUGAAUGAAUCUGAGCUCUUUGGACGGACAAUUCGUGUCAAUUUGGCAAAACCAAUGAGGAUUAAGGAGGGCUCGUCCAGGCCAGUUUGGUCAGAUGAUGACUGGCUGAAGAAGUUUUCUGGGAAGACUCUUGAAGAGAAUAAAGAGGAAGAAGGGUCAGAGCCUCCCAAAGUAGAAACCCAGGAGGGAGAGCCCACGGCAAAAAAGGCCCGGUCGAAUCCUCAGGUGUACAUGGACAUCAAGAUCGGGAACAAGCCGGCCGGCCGCAUCCGGAUGUUGCUGCGUUCUGACGUUGUUCCCAUGACAGCAGAGAAUUUCCGAUGCCUGUGCACCCACGAGAAGGGCUUCGGCUUUAAGGGAAGUAGCUUCCACCGCAUCAUCCCCCAGUUCAUGUGCCAGGGCGGCGAUUUCACGAACCACAACGGCACGGGGGGCAAGUCCAUCUACGGGAAGAAGUUCGACGAUGAGAACUUUAUCCUCAAACACACGGGACCAGGCCUGCUCUCCAUGGCCAACUCCGGCCCAAACACCAACGGCUCCCAGUUCUUCCUGACGUGUGACAAGACGGACUGGCUGGACGGCAAGCACGUGGUGUUUGGGGAGGUCACGGAAGGCCUGGAUGUCCUGCGGCAAAUUGAGACCCAGGGCAGCAAGGAUGGGAAGCCAAAGCAGAAGGUGAUCAUCGCCGACUGCGGGGAGUACGUGUGAGUCCGCACACGCUGUCUCCGCACUGCCCCUGCCUAUCCAGGAGCCGUCAGCCUGGGAACCAGCACGUGAGGGCGUCUGUCCCCUUUGUGGCAAGCAGGGGUGUGUGUCGUGGCCCUUCUUGGGGGUCAGCUUGGAGCAGCUCUUCUGCAGACUCGGCCCGGGCUCCCUCUGGCUCUCUCCCAGGUGUGGCCGUGGGCCCGGGAGCUCGCAGGGGUCCCCAUUGUGGACGGACGGUGUGUGGCCUUUUCCAGGCCUUUGCUGCCACGGCUUCUCCUGGGCCCACCAGCGGGGCUCCUGGACAUCGCUUCUGGUAAAAUAAACCCGAGUUCUUGUACUGCAA